AUGAAGAGGGUGAAUGGGAUUGUUGUUAGUGAAGAGGGUGAAAACUCGAGGUUAAAAAAAGUUAGAUUCUUGAAUGGGAAUGAUGAGAACUGUGGAGAUUUAGCUGUUAAUGGAGGUGAGGACCAAAAGACUUGUGUCGAUGAUGGGGGGAUGAAUUCUGGGCAAGUGGAAAAAAGUGAAGGCCCUUUUGAAGAUUUAGCCUCUGGUGAUCUUGAAAGUCCAAGUCUUAGUGGUCCGAGCCAGUCGAAUCCAUGGGACUUCGAUUUAAACAUUCGUUUGAUUUCGGGCAAUGAGGAAGAGCAAGAGGGUUUUCUUUUCGAUCUUAACCUUCCCGCACCAAUGAAUGGCGGGCCCGUGAUUAAUGACAAGACAGUAGAUGUCAUUGAUAUUGCUUCAGAUGAUAGUGAUAAUGAGGUUGAGGUUACAGGUUAUACUCGUGGCUACAAUACUUCAAAGGGUAAAGAAAUUGAGGUAGAGGCACCUACUGAUGGUACACUGAAUAAUGCCGUUGGUGAAAGUAGCAGUUUGGGUUGUCUGAGGGAGUUAACCAUGGAAGAAAAUGGUGAAGCUGAUGUUGUUGAGACAUGGUUGUCACAUAAGGCUAAUAGUCCAACCCUCUUGCAUUUGCUUAGAGACAGUGAUGAGUUGAUUGGUGAAGAAGUUGCUGAAAUUGAGAUGUUGCCACCGGCAGAAUUGGCCGUGAGGCCUGAAAUGGCCGAAAGAGAACAUAAUGGACAAAAUGAACUGGCAGUGAGAUUAGAGAAUUUAGCUCGUGAGACCCGACAUGAAAAUGCUAGGCGGUUUGCACGCGCAAACCUCGCAGGUCAGGGUCAAAAGUUACUCUCUGCAAGUCCUGUAAAAGAAUUAGGAAAUGUGGUUGGCCCUUUUUCUGAUGCUCUUACAAUGGUGAGAGAAAGGGCGUCAAAAAAGUCGGCUAAGAAGUUGAUUGAGUGGAAACCGUCGAGUGAAAAUCAGGACAAAAGCACUCUUACCCCUUUUGUGCCCUCGUUGCUUGAUUUAUCUCUGAAGGCUCUUGCUGAAAAUGCCGAGGGUAUGAUUUCACUGAAGAUGGUGCCGGAUAACCUUCGUGAGAGACUUACUGACAGGUUGUGUGAUACAAGCAAAAUGGGCGUCGACUUUUUGAAGCUUCUUUUGGAAGGAUGUCCAACUGAGAUACGCAUAAAGAAUUCUUCGUGGUUGACUGAAAAAGAGUUUCACCAGGCAUUUAAGAAUUGUCAGACAAAAGAUUUGAGGGUUCUUCAACUCGACCUCUGUGGGCAAUGCAUGCUUGAUUUUGCUUUUGAGGAUAUAAUAUCUCAUUCCUUGAAUAGUUUUUCCAGUUUAGCUGUCGUGUCCCUCAGAGGUGCUUGUCGUCUAUCAGACUGUGGCAUUAAAACUCUUGUAACUUCAGCACCUUUAUUGCGGUCCAUUAAUUUGGGCCACUGUUCUUUAUUGACCUCUGAAGCCAUCAAAUUCAUUGCUGAUUCUUUGGGGUCGAAUUUGAGGGAGUUGUACAUAGAUGAUUGCCAGAAAAUAAAUCCAGCUCUGAUUUUUCCUGCUUUUACAAAAUUCGAGUAUUUGGAAGUGUUAUCAGUUGCGGGUUUGCAUGGCAUAACUGAUUUAUUUAUCAUUAAAGUGAUUGCCGUCUGCAGUAAAAGUAUUAAGGAGCUCGAUUUGGCUGAUUGCCCGAAAUUGAGCGAUUGCUCUCUGAAAAUCAUUGGGAGCAGCUGUGCUGGUUUGUGCUCAUUGAAUAUUUCGAACCUUCCAAACUUGACAGAUAUCGGAUUGGAGGCUCUGGCAAACGGCUGUAGAUCCAUCCAAAUACUGAAAAUGUGCCGCAAUGAAUUCAGCGAUGAAGCCAUGGCUGCUUACAUAGAAAGCUCUGGAGAGUCUCUGAAGGAACUUCUACUGAAUAAUAUCUCAAAGGUUGGACCAAACACUGCCUUUUCCCUCUCCAAACGUUCAAGAAAGUUGUUGAGUUUGGAUAUAUCAUUUUGUCGAGGAAUUAGUGAUGAGGCUUUGGGACUGAUUUUAGAUAGUUGUUCAUAUCUGAAGCAGCUCAAAGUCUUUGGUUGUAGGCAGAUUACAAAUGUAUCUCUGAAUGGACACUCGAAUCCAAAUGUGAGGAUUAUUGGGUCGAAACUGAGCCCGAUACUUGAUCAUGUUAACUUGCUUGAAUCUGAGGGUGUGCUUUUACGCUAUUCACCUCUACCGGAUGCACAGUGA